GAAUGCACUAUUAAUGGAUAUAUAACUGUUGUACAUUAAAAGGUCAAUCAAUGCAUGUAUCCUGUCAUGAAAAUGCAAAAGCUAUACACUGCUGGAUUGAACUAAAAGUACUAUCUUGCGAACAUAUAGCUUCUUUCAAUAGACUUUCUUGCCAUAUUUUGUACCUAUAUUUGUAAAACAUAUCUCAAAAAUGACGCCUAACGAUAGCCGAGGCGAUUCGCCAUCACUCUCGGAACAGCUGGAGCAGGCUGUGAAUUCUCCAGUGGAGAGACAGCCCUCUAGGGUCGUCACGUCUAGUCCGACUUCACAUUUAUAUCCAAUUGAUACACCUAGCUGGAGGACUAACAGCUAUCAACGCCCUUGCGAAGGGACGAAUAACAUGCAAUGCGAGUACUGCCAAGAUAUUAGCGCACUAACACAUCAUGCCAGUCAAUGUGAAAGCAGGACUAUAUCACGAUUUGGAUUGACGAAUAGUCAUCAACCACUGGUGUAUAGAGGUUCCAUGCCAUCAACAUGGACAUCAUCACAAAGUAACCACCAUGGAGGAGAUAGCUUCUACAGUAAUGAUACAUUAGGAACGAGAUCACAGACCACAGAUAUCAUCUUAGGGUCACCUCGAUUAACUCGAACACAAAGAUCAUAUAUCAACGCAAGCCCACCUAGCGCUAGAGAGGCGCUUACAAUGCGAUUUAUCAAAGCUAACAUGACAAGGACCACAAGUAGAGAUAGUGCGUCUCCGACGCCACGCACCGACUCCAUAACACAACCAGCACCACCCCUGAUGAGAAACUGCUCCGCACCAGUUACAGGAGUGCUAUCGAGAACAACAUCGAUACAGCCAGACUUUGUUACUGAACGGCGAUUUAGACAACGCCCUGCAUAUGUAACACGUAGAGGGAAUAGAUAUGUGACGCAACAGAGGCAGAUAAGCGAACCCGUAGGACUAAGGGAAGAUGACAACGCCUCUAUCAUGCAGGGUGAUCUUGAUGCACUCAACCAGGCAUUACAUGAAUUCCAACAUAACUUCACCAUAUCACCGAGAGAUGGGCGUACCAGACACACUGGUGAGGAGGAGUACCUACCAAGCGAACAAGUUGCCGAAAUACGUAGCCUAUAUGGUCCUAUUAUAGAGGGAAAUGUCACCAGUAGCUAUGUUGAAGAGUUGCUUGAAGGAGCUAACACACCACGAGGAGAAAUGGAUUAUGAAGACUUUGAAUACGGCGGACCUGAACCAGACUACUACGAAGAGUCGGACUCAUAUGAAUAUGAACCAGAAUUACUAGGACUACCAGAUGAUAUCGUCUCGCAAUUCCCAGUGACAGAUUUCGAUGCCACUGCCGCGGAAAGUUGGAAUGAAGAUGCAAAGCAAUGCUCAAUUUGCCUGGAAGGAUAUGAACAGUCACAACUUAUACGAAGGCUAGCCUGCACACACGGAUACCACAAAGCCUGUAUAGAUCAAUGGCUUUCAAGGAGUACCGUAUGCCCAAUUUGCAAGUUCGACUACCGAAUUAUGAUGUAACAACAACGGCAUAUGCCGAUGUCGUCUGGAGUGGGGAAUCAAAAA